AUGCUACGUGCAGUUUCUGUAGACUUUCCAGUAACCUGGAAGUCAUUAAAAGAUGUUGUAUAUAAGUUAAUUCGUUGUGAUUACGUUGACAGAGACUUGUGGAAUUCAAGUUUUGGGGAUGUCUACAGUUUGUGUACUUCGAGUCCAGUAUCCCAUGCCUCAACUUUGUACAAAUCUACUACAGCCCUUAUUAGUGAAAGAGUGGAAGAGAUAUCUGCUGAUCUCGAGGUGUUAAGUGAUUCCGAGUUGCUUCCCAUGUAUGUUAAAUACUGGGAAUCAUAUCACCGCGGUCUUACCUACUUAGAUAUCCUCUAUAGAUACAUGAACACGCAGCAUGUUAAGAAUUUAAGGCCAUCAGAGGCAGACAUGUGCUAUGGAGCAGCACUUCCUACGCUAGAACAACAUACGAUGGAAAUACUGGAAGUAGGACUUGCUUUCUGGCGACUUUACUUGAUCGACUGUAUUAAAAACCGCCUGUCAUCGUGUUUGAUGCGUGAAGUUCUCAAUGAUAGAAUGGGAAUCUGUGGCCAACAAAGUAGCGUACAGUCUUGUUUGGCGUCGUUUUUAAGAGUUGGUGAAUUAAGAGAUUUUGAAAGAGCUGGAAUGGAAAUAUAUAAUCAAAUAUUCCAAAACCCUCUAAUUGAUGCUACACGAUCAUAUUACUCUCAGUGGGCGUGCCAACGGGAGUCUGAAUUAGGAUGUGCUCAGUAUGUAACUGAAGCAUUGGCAUUACGAACAGAAGAACACAAUCGAGCUAUGCAAUAUUAUAAAUGUUCCCUAUUACCAAUACAAAGUUUAUUUCAAGAGAUAAUUGUUGAGCAACGUUUAAAUUUUCUUAAUAUGAAUGUACGCUAUGUUAUUGUUGAAGAGGAUAAAUCAAAUUUAAGAAAUCUUUUCCGGUUGUUAUCUCCAAAUAAUCUUUGCAGUGAAUUAUUGAAUUGUUUCGGUGAACAUGUUCGAACAAGCAUAAUAGAAGCGAUAUCCAAUCUUCCAAAAGAUACUGCUUUAACCCAGGUGUAUUUUGUUGAAAGUCUUUUGAAUCUUCGAAGCAGAUUUUUGGAUUAUAUUGAUGAUGUUUUUGAUGGAAAAACUGCUUUUCGUAAUCAAAUGGAUAAAGCUUUCAAUUUGGCUGUGAAUGGUCGUGUACCGUCGACAGGUAUUCUAGCUUCAACAUCUCGUCAAACUAACUAUAGACCAUCAGAAUUAUUAUGCCGAUAUAUGGAUUCUUUACUGCGUAAAUCUAUCAAAACAAUGUCCAGUUCUGACAUUGAGAAUAAACUUACAGCUUCAAUAGCUAUUUUCAAGUAUAUUGAUGAUAAAGAUCUUUUCCAAAAGUAUUAUCAACGUUUGUUAUGUAAAAGACUAGUGUUCAAUUAUUCUUCAAUGUUGGAACUUGAAGAAUCUGUCAUUAAUCAGUUGAAAACUGUUUGUGGUUAUGAGUUUACUUCAAAAUUUCAACGAAUGUUUAGUGAUGUUCAAAUCUGUCCUGAAAUGAAUCGAAAAUUCACAGAAUAUUUACAAUCUAAAGAUGUACAUUUCACAUUCGGUCAUCACUUUCAUGUUUUAACACAAUGUUCUUGGCCAAUCACACUUAACGGAGUAACAGAUUUUCUUCUUCCACUUGAUUUAUAUACAUGUACUUAUCAUUUUGAAGAGUUUUAUGGUGCUGCUCAUCAAGGCAGAAAAAUGAGAUGGGCGCAUAGUUAUUCAACAGCAGAAAUUCAAUUACUUUUUACUGACAAAGCCUAUCAGAUUCAAGCUCCAGCUAUUCAUGCAGCUAUUCUACUGUUCUUCGAUCAUGUUGAUUCAGAUCGUAUAACAGUAAAAGAUUUAUACUUAGGUUUACAAUUAACAGUAUCUGAUGGCAGGACUACUACUAUUGGUGGUGGAAACAACAAUCCUGUAACUAAAGGCAAUACUCCUUCUGUUGAAUCAGUUAAUACCAGUAAGAUGGAGACUUGUUCUCAAGAUACACUUACUUCUUCAAGUGAACUGGAUACAAUCCAACGACUUUUAGCUCCCUUGAUUGAGUUAAACAUAAUAUAUGUAGAGUCAAAUGAAGAACAAAGUAAUUCUUCAUCGAGUACCCCUUUGAAGAUGGAAAGUAUUAUUGUCUUGAAUCGUUCGUUCACAAACAAACGUUUAAAGUUAAGGGUGAAUUUUUCUUCUCAAGGGAAAGAAUCGAAUCAGUCUGAAGUGGAUCAGGUUGAUCGUCAGGUACACGACGAUCGACGCUUCUACGUACAAGCAGCUAUAGUACGUAUCCUCAAAGCCAGAAGACAAAUAAAGCAUGCAGCCCUUAUCGAAACUAUUGUACAACAAGCAAGUAAUCGGUUCCAGCCUCCAAUACCGUUGAUUAAGCGUUGCAUCGAAAAUCUAAUAGAUACUGGUUACCUAGAAAGAAAUCCAGAUGAUCCUGAUCAAUAUAGUUAUCUUGCAUAA